AUGAACGAUGAGAGCGAUAACUCUCGUACAUCAGGUGAAUGGCGAGGGUUUAGGAAAGUGUCAUGUGAAGCUGGUAAUGAGACAAGGUCAUGUGAAGCUGGUAAUGAGACAAGGUCAUGUGAAGCUGGUAAUGAGACAAGGCCAUGUGAAGCUGGUAAUGAGACAAGGCCAUGUGAAGCUGGUAAUGAGACAAGGUCAUGUGAAGCUGGUAAUGAGACAAGGUCAUGUGAAGCUGGUAAUGAGACAAGGUCAUGUGAAGCUGGUAAUGAGACAAGGCCAUGUGAAGCUGGUAAUGAGACAAGGUCAUGUGAAGCUGGUAAUGAGACAAGGCCAUGUGAAGCUGGUAAUGAGACAAGGCCAUGUGAAGCUGGUAAUGAGACAAGGCCAUGUGAAGCUGGUAAUGAGACAAGGCCAUGUGAAGCUGGUAAUGAGACAAGGCCAUGUGAAGCUGGUAAUGAGACAAGGCCAUGUGAAGCUGGUAAUACUGCAAGGCCAUGUGAAGCUGGUAAUGAGACAAGGCCAUGUGAAGCUGGUAAUGAGACAAGGCCAUGUGAAGCUGGUAAUACUGCAAGGCCUGGCCUCUUGUUUACCACCACCCACAAGAGCACAGCUGACAAGAGCGGAGCCUCCCACAAGAGCGGCGCCUCCCACAAGAGCGGCGUUUCCCACAAGAGCGGCGCCUCCCACAAGAGCGGCGUCUCCAACAAGAGCGGCGCCUCCUACAAGAACGGUGCCUCCAACAAGAGCGGCGCCUCCCACAAGAGCGGCGCCUCCCACAAGAGCGGCGCCUCCCACAAGAGCGGUGUCUCCCACAAGAGCACCGUCAGCAAGAGAGGCGCCAGAAGCGUGCCUGGCAGCGGGUCAAGAACCAGGGCGUACCUGUCAAGAGUCGGACCAGGAAAGAUUGACAAUAAGGCUCAAGCAGUCAUUUAG